GGCGGUGGGUGAGGGAUUCCCCCCCUCCCACGCUUCCCCAAGGGGACCCCCGACCCCCUCCCCCGGAUUCGGGCCGCAGCCGGCCCCUGCCCUCUUCCCACCAUGGACGUCGUGAGACGGGACCCGUGGCCCCCCUCGACCUGAGUGCCGGACUGAUUUGGGGGCGGGGGGGGUCUUCGCCUGUCGUCGCCGCCCCCCCAGGGUCCACCCCACCCUGGCGACCCUCCUCUCCCGCCGUCCUUUUCUCCCCGGAGUGGCCGCCGCCGUCGGAUCUGGACGUUGACUCGGGCGGGAAGGGGAGUAGGGGGGGCCUGCCCCCCAAAUCCUGCCCGCCGGCCCCCUCCGGAUUGGGGGGGGUCUUGCCAGUCGGGCUGGGGGCCGCCCCCCGCCGCCCCUCCGGAUGGGGCAGCCGGCCAAGUGAGGAGCUGGACCGUCGGGGCCCCCCCGCCCCCGUCGUGCGAGGAAGAUGUACGAGAGUGUGGACGUGGGGGGCCUGGGCCCCGGCCCCGGCCCCAGCCCCAGCCCUUUCCUCAUGGUGGAUUUUUACAACCAGAGCCGGUCCUGCCUCCUGCCGGAGAAGGCUCUGCCCGGCCCCGGCCCUUUCGCCACCCCGCUCCGGACCCAGCUGUGGACUAACUCCGGCCACUCCAUCGAGACCCAGAGCACGAGUUCUGAAGAAAUCGUGCCCAGCCCCCCUUCGCCGCCGCCCCUCCCCCGCAUCUACAAGCCAUGCUUCGUGUGUCAGGACAAGUCCUCGGGCUACCACUACGGCGUCAGCGCCUGCGAAGGUUGCAAGGGGUUCUUCCGCCGCAGCAUCCAGAAGAACAUGGUGUACACCUGCCACCGGGACAAAGGCUGCGUCAUCAACAAGGUGACCCGGAACCGCUGCCAGUACUGCCGUCUGCAGAAGUGCUUCGAAGUUGGCAUGUCCAAGGAGUCCGUGCGGAACGACCGGAACAAGAAGAAGAAGGAACCGUCCAAGGCCGAGUGCUCGGAGAGCUGCAGCCUGACGCCCGAGGUGGAGGAGCUGAUCGGCAAAGUGCGCAAGGCUCACCAGGAGACCUUCCCUGCCCUCUGCCAACUGGGCAAAUACACUACGAACAACAGCUCGGAGCAGCGGGUGUCCCUGGACGUGGACCUGUGGGACAAGUUCAGUGAACUCUCCACCAAGUGCAUCAUCAAGACGGUGGAGUUCGCCAAGCAGCUGCCUGGCUUCACCACGCUCACCAUCGCCGACCAGAUCACCUUGCUCAAGGCCGCCUGCCUGGACAUCCUGAUCCUGCGUAUCUGCACGCGGUACACGCCAGAGCAGGACACCAUGACCUUCUCGGACGGGCUGACGCUGAACCGGACACAGAUGCAUAACGCCGGCUUCGGCCCCCUGACCGACCUCGUCUUCGCCUUCGCCAACCAGCUGCUGCCCCUGGAGAUGGACGACGCGGAGACCGGGCUCCUCAGUGCCAUCUGCCUCAUCUGCGGAGACCGGCAGGACCUGGAGCAGCCGGACAAGGUGGACAAGCUGCAGGAGCCGCUGCUGGAGGCGCUGAAGGUUUACGUCCGCAAGCGGAGACCCAACCGGCCGCACAUGUUCCCCAAGAUGCUGAUGAAGAUCACGGAUCUGCGAAGCAUCAGCGCUAAGGGAGCGGAACGUGUGAUCACGCUGAAGAUGGAGAUCCCCGGGGCCAUGCCACCGCUCAUCCAGGAGAUGCUGGAGAACUCCGAGGGGCUGGACACUCUGGGCGGGGGCGGGGGCGGGCCGGGGGGCGGGCCGGGGGGCAGCUGCAGCCCCAGCCCCUCCCCCAGCUCCAACAGCAGCAGCCCGGCCACCCACUCCCCGUGACACACGGCCCCCAACUCCGUACCCCACGACCGGACCUUCUCUCUUCUUGCCCAACCAAACACGACCCGAACUCACAGACGCGGCGGCUCCUCCCUGCCCCCCCCGGGCCGGGCCCGAGCAGAGCCCCCACCGUGGCCGGGGGGGGGCGCGAGGGGUGGGGAGACGGAACUGGGGAUCCCUCCCCCCCCGGCCCCCAGCCCUGGACUGGACUCCCAGAGCCGAACUGGAUGGCCCACGGUUGGGGGUGGGGGGAGCACUGGAGCCCUCCCCAACCUCGAAUCCCAAACUCUGCUGUCUGCUCUGCCCAGUGCCAGCGCCCACACUGGGGGAUCAGAGGUGGGGGGAGGUCUCUCUCUCUCUCUCUCUCUCUUUCUCUCUCUCAUCUAUAAAAUGCCUCUGUGCCACCCCCCGCUCCAACUUCAUCACCAGCAAACUCCCGGGGGCAACCCCAGCCCCUCCGCCCCCUCCCCCAAGCCCCCGGGGGUCACUGAGGCUGUUUGGGGGGUCUGGGGGGUGGCGGCUGUGUACAUACCCCACGCUCUCCCCUCUUUUGUCGCUGGUUUGAUUUGAUUUAUUUUUUUGGUUUUGAUUUUUUUUUUGGUUUAUUUUUUUUAAAUAAGAAGUUUCAUUUUAAGCUCA